AGAGAGACGCAUGAGGCUAUAAAUCAGUAAAAACAGGAAAAGUAAUGACAGAAGGAGGCAGAGAUAAAGGAAGGCACAGAAGCUGGUGUAGGAAAAAAGAAACCGACACGUGUGUGAAAGAACAGCAGGUGUAUUGGACAGGAGCCUGGAUUACAGACAAGGAUCUUUUUAAAUUACAUUUUAUUUAAAGGAAGUUGCUUUUUUCCUUUCGACAGACGGCUUACCAGAACCUGUGCAGGAGGACAAACAGGAUGUGAUGUGCGUUCUUCUGCUCUGGGUCACAAAGUGGGUCAACACCUGAGAAGGAGCUGAAAGGAGCAGCAGAAACUGAGGUAGUUUUGUCCUACUGAAAGAGCACAAGAGGGGGGAGAGACAGACUGAACUAGAGAGCAUGGAGAGAAGUUAAAGAAAACACCUUUUAUUUUUUAAGCCACUGAAAACAGACACAGUUAAUUAUUCCAAGUUGCUGCUUGUGUGCUGUGUACUUCACAAUGUGUACACUCUAAAAUGUUCAAAUUUCAGACUAUUUUAAAUUUUAUUUUGAAAAUAUUGGUGCGGUAUAUGGACUAUCAGGUGCUUUCUAACAUUUGAACAGCAUCAUUUUACAUCUUGACAAAAAAACUUUCUAAACCUUAAACUGGUUUUACAGGCUACAUGUGAACCAAUGUAGCUAAAUUUACCCUGCUGCUGGAAAUCUAUCCUCGUGACCAACUGUAGCUUUCACUGGGAGAAGAAGCAGUGGAGUCAUUUUUUCUUCUUUUUUAAAUGAAACUUCUCAACAUAAAUGCAUUUUGGGAUCCGUUUUCUUUUCAAUGACUCAGCCUUUAUUCAAGCGUAAAGAUAACAAAUCAUCUCUUGGCCUUAAAGUCCAAACAUUCCAAGUGAUCUACAGUACAAGGGGAGGUCAUCUCCUUCAUUCCUACACAUUCACAUCCACAGUAAAAGACUCUACUCUACCUCCACCAUGCAGACCCCAGGACCUGAGCAUGAUGACUCUUUUGAUUUGCUGUUUAAGAUCAUCCUGAUCGGAGACUCUAACGUAGGAAAGACCUGCCUGGUUCAGAAUUUCAAGUCAGGGAUUUUCUCAGAGAAACAGCAAAACACCAUCGGAGUGGAUUUCACUGUACGGACCGUGGAUAUCGAUGGGAAGAAAGUUAAGAUGCAGGUGUGGGACACGGCAGGUCAGGAGAGGUUCCGUACAAUCACCCAGAGCUACUACCGCAGCGCUCACGGCGCCAUCAUCGCCUAUGACAUCACGCGACGCCCAACCUUUGACUCAGUGGCUCACUGGAUCAAAGAGGUGGAGCUCUAUGGAGCAACCAAUAUAGUGCUGGUUCUCAUAGGUAACAAAUGUGACCUGGAGCAGGAACGUCAGGUUCCGUUUGAGAAAGCCUGCAAUCUGGCAAAGGAGAGCGAUGUACUAGCUGCUCUAGAAACAUCUGCAAAGGAGAGUCAGAAUGUGGAAGAAGCCUUCACCUUGAUGGCCAGAGAGCUGAUGUCUCGUAAUGGCCUCAAUGUCCAGCAGGAGGACUCAGAGAGCCACAGCACGCCUAGAGUUCUUCUCCGGGCUAACUCUCGGCCGGUUAAUGACAUAGCAGCUGCCUACACGUCACCAGACAAGAAGACAUGUUGCUGAUUUAAACGUGGAUAGGACAUGGAAGAGGGUGAAGGACGCUUUUCUUCAUAAAUGUUGGAGAAGAGGAUGUCACUACCCGAUCCAUACCGGAAACCCAAUUUGUUCUGGUCCUAUGCCCUGACCAAUUGACUAUCCUGACCCCAACCAAUCGAGGUCAUUGCCUAACUCAACCAUCUACGCAAGUCCGAAGAACAAAUCAGGUUUCCGGUACGCAUCAGGCUGCCACUGGGAAAUAGAAACAGAUCCAAAGAUGCAUGGAUGUGGAAUAAGGAUGGAAAGGCCUCAAGGACCAAUAAUCUUCGCAUUGAAGGAGUUUAGGCAAUUUUUGGGAAGUAUUGAAAAAUCAAUUCAGUGUACUUUUUGUAGCUUACCUGACUUGAGAGAAUUAUUCAGCUGGUACUACAAGGACAAGGACCAAGCAUGUUUAAAUGGUGGGAAAGAGACAGUGGUGAUGGUUGUGAUCAGCUUUAGGUAAAGUUACUAAACCAAUCUCAU